CCCCACAUACACACAGACACACACAUCCUUCUUCCCUUCUUUGUCAUUCGCUACCGCUCUAUGUGCUUCACUCUACACGGCGACAAGUUGGAGUUUGGACACACCAGGGACUGUUGUCUUCAACAUGGAUAACAAGGCUGAUGUAAAGGCCAUCAUGGCUCGCUUUCAAGGAGGCGGGACUAAUUCUGAGGAUGUUCCUUCCAUGCCAGCUGGACAUACCAAACAACCCCUGCAUGCUACCCUAUCCUCUGGCCCAACACUGCAGACCAAGAAACCCAUCUCAGGGAGCAACACGAGCAGUGCUAUGCCCAUUCCCCAAAAACCCACUUACAUGAAAAAUACAAUAUUAACUAAAAGUGACACAGACAUAUCAGAGUCACACACAGCUAAAUCUCUGGCUGCCAGGUUUGCAAAUAAGGAUGACGCAAGCACCCACAAUAAACCUUUGCUCAUUAAUAAACAGCCCCUACAUCCUCCACAGGCUCCUGAAUCUCAAAGCUCUCAGCAGAAGCCCACAGUCCACAAGCCCCCUGUUGGCUACAACCCUGGCUUAUCUAAACCAUCUCCAGCAUUCGGCUCCAAGCCAAGCUGGGUGAAGGAUGACAAUGGGAGUGUACCAUCCAUUACUAAUACCACUCCUCCUAAAGUGCCACCCUUACAACAUAAACCAAGCAGCAGCAUUCAAAAAUUGCGACAGCAAACUGAAGAAAUCACAAAAACCAACACGGACAUUGCAAACAAACCUUUUCCUCCACCUAACUCUGCUUUGAAACCCCUUUCCAACUACAAGAGUGCUCAGAAUGUCUUCAUUAAAGAGCAGAGCAAGAGUGAACACUCAAAUACCGAUGUUACUGAAGAUGGAGCCAACAAACCUUCUCUUAGUGCUGCUAACACCACCCCUCCACCCAAACCACCAACCAGUAAAAAACCAAGCAUUAAGAAGCCAGUAAAGCCCCCUUCUCAGACGAGUGGCGUUAAUGGUGAAACCACUUCAGAACCCAAGCGUAAUCCUCUCCUCAACAGUUUGGCUUUGGGCACUGCCCCAGUGAAACCCAACCGACCCCUCAAUGUCAACCUGGAGCGAUUCAGAAAUGGACAAGAGGCCGCUGAUGAUGGUCCUGGUACCUUGAAGAAACCCUUCCUCCCGCCUCCUCCGACCUCACACCCUAGUAACACCAGUAACCAAGUGAUCCCAACUCAACCCAAUCAACCAACUCAAGCACCAAGUCUGCCUCCAAGACACCCUGGAGCCAUAAUUCAGCCAGACCCUGAUGAGAACUAUGAUGAUGUUGGAUUGAUUAGUUCCCCAGCACCACCACCACUGCCACCAACUGCAGCUCAUCCAAGUCAGAGGCUAAAGAGUGAGGACAACAGUGAUGGUGAGAUGUAUGAAGAUCUUGAUGAACGAUGGGAAAUGGAACUGAAGGAACAAGAAAAGAAGCGAGAGAAAGAAGAAAAGGAGGAGAAACGUAUUGAGGCUGAGAAGAAGGAACAGAAAGAACGUGAAAAGAAGGAACAAGAUGCCAGAAAGAAAUUCAAAUUGGUUGGCCCACUGGAGGCCAUCCAUAAAGGAACAGCUCGAGUGGACUGCCGAGGCGGUAAAGCAGAACUUUCUCUGAAGCAGGGAGAAUGCGUGGACAUCAUCCGUGUCCAAGGAAACCCAGAGGGGAAAUGGUUGGGACAGACACAAGAUGGAUCUAUCGGUUACGUGAAGAUUACUUCAGUGGAGAUUGAUUUUAACACACUGAAAUCUCAUGGCCGUCAGCAGGCGUACGAACCUGAUGUCUAUGAUGACAUUGAUGUGGCUCCUGACAACAGCAGUGGGAUCAAAGGACCAGGAGUAGUUCUACCCCUACCACCAGAUGAGGAGGGAGAGAUCUAUGAUGAUGUCAUUGAUCAAAACCUGGAAGUCAGAAUCCCUCCACCACCCAGCCAGUUUACCACAGACAGGAGUUCAGUUACCACAGUUCAGCCAGGAGCAGCAAUUGACGAGGAGAUAUAUGAUGAUGUCGACUCCCAAAAUCUGCCACCUCUUCCUCCCAUUAGCAGCAUUCCCAUGCUGAAAGGCAAAAACAAGAAUGAGGAGACGGAUCCAAAGAAGCAGAAAAAGUUUGAGAAAGAAGAGAAGGAAUUCAGGAAAAAGUUUAAAUAUGACGGGCCCAUACAGGUGCUGGACCAAGUGACCAUUCUUCCUACACUCACCAUUAAGAAAUGGAGUGGGAAAGAUCUUCCAGUCAAACCAGGAGAAAAACUGGAUGUCAUUGUUAACGCCGUGGAAAACAAACUGAUCUGUCGGAAUGAUGAGGGGAAAUUUGGUUAUGUUUUGACCAGCCACAUUGUUGCAGUAGAUGCAGAAAUCUACGAUGAUAUUGGAAACGAUUGCAUCUAUGACAAUGACUGAGAAACACCCUGCGAUGAUUU